AUGUCUACUAUAGAGCUCGGAGACUCAAUUCCAUCCCUCACACCCCAUGCUGUGAGCGUGUCUCUGCCAGCAUGGUCUGAUAACGUGGACUACGAGAUCGGGGAAAAGCGGGUUAUGAACAAACUCUCAACUGGCUAUCCACGAUUCUUCAUCCACAAACUCAUUGAGGCGUUCGCGGAUGACAUUGUUGCCAAAUACGGUGCCCCAGACCAGAAGGCCAUGUUGUUUCCGUCCCGCAAGUCCGCUCAAAGAUGUCACGGCUUCAUCAAUGCGAAAGCGGGGUCUAGCGUCUCAGGAGAUGUCAAAAUCAUUGACCUGUUUCUUAAGAAGAGCAAAGAAGUAUCAGAGAUCAUUGCGAAGAUCUCGCCCUCUAUAUCAGCGGUCAUUUUCCACGAAGACCUGUUCCCGAUCGCGAAGCAAUACUGGCAACACUCUGGUGAUGGUAUCUCAAGCAGACAGGCUGAGCUUUGUCACUCACUCUUCUCGGAUGGCAAGCUGGUCGAUUCCACGCCGCCGCAACCAACGCUAAGCCAGAAAAAGGGUCCAAAGAGGUAUCAAAGAGGAUCUGAAUAUCAAACGUUCUCCAGAGAGAAACAUGUUACCUCAGAAGGAGUCGAAAACGCUCAGCUGUCUGUUCAGAAUGACACGGCAGAAAACCGGGAAAGCACGCAAUUCCUGGAGGAGCAUUUCGGUCGAAACUUGGCUAUAUCCUUUGUCGAUAACGCCAAGGUAGCAAUCCGUCGGCGCAUAGCUGGCUCUUUGGUGGACGGAGUGGAUCUUGCAGUCGAACCAGGCCCCAAGGUAACCUCAAACUCGCGUGGAGUGACAGGACUUUCCGACGACGAUGUUUAUCUCUAUCCCUGCGGAAUGAAUGCCAUUUUCAACACGCACCGGAUGAUGCUGGAAAGCAGAGGUCAGUUGAAGAGUAUCAUGUUCGGUUUUCCUUACGUCGACACUCUGAAGAUCCUGCAAAAGUUCGGCCCUGGAUGUAUCUUCUACGGAAAUGGCUCCUCGGAAGAUCUGGAUGACUUGGAAGCCCGCCUCAAGGCCGGCGAACGAUAUCUGGCACUCUUCUGCGAAUUUCCCGGAAAUCCCAUGCUGUACUGCCCUGAUCUCAAGCGAAUCAAGAAGUUGGCCGACACCUAUGACUUCGGGGUGGUUGUUGAUGAAACGAUUGGAAACUCCGUCAACGUUCAAGUCCUUCCACAUGCAGACGUGGUUGUAAGCAGUCUCACGAAGAUUUUCUCGGGCGACUGUAACGUUAUGGGUGGGAGCGCCAUUCUCAACCCCGAAGGACGACACUACCCUUCCUUGAAACGUGCUUUCGAAUCAGACUACGAGGACAACUAUUGGGUCGAAGACGUCAUGUUCAUGGAGCGCAAUAGCCGUGACUUUGUGAACCGGAUCAAGAAGAUCAACGACAACGCCGAAGCCAUCUGUGAUAUUCUCAAUGCCCAUCCUCUCGUCAAAGACGUUCACUUCCCCAAAUAUACUCCAACCCGGCAAUUCUAUGAGGAUUGUCGAACCCCAACGGGCGGAUACGGUGGCUUGCUAUCUUUCACUUUCCAUGAGAAAGCCCACGCGGUUGCGUUUUAUGAUCGCAUCGAGACAGCUAAAGGGCCGAGUCUCGGUACAAACUUCACCUUGGUUUCGCCUUAUGUUGUUCUGGCACAUUAUUGGGAGUUGGAUUGGGCUGCAGGGUUCGGUGUCCCCGCGGAUCUGCUUCGCGUUAGUGUUGGUGUUGAGGAUACGGAAGAUCUGAAGGCACGGUUUGAAGUUGCAUUGCAAGCUACUGAGGCGGUUGGUGCUUAG